AUGCCAUCCUCUCUUCUCUGUGCGAGGAAACUUGACGCAAGCCUGGUGAGGCACGUUGGGCUUGCUCCGCUUUUCAAGGCGCAGGCCCGGCUUCAUGGCCCAGUGACAGCCAUUGAAUAUGGAGAAUACGCUAUUUCAUAUGAGGAAUUGCACCUCGAAGCCCUUCAGCUCGCGCAACUGAUUCGACUGCGAGCGCCGGAGCCAGGAACUCCAAUUGCGAUUGCCAUCCCCCGGGGAGUCAACCAUAUUUUAGCGCAAAUUGCCAUCUCUUAUGCCGGGGGAACGUGUGUCCCCUUAGACAUAAAGCAACCGGACGCCUUUCUCCGGAAACUGAUCAAGAAUCUGGAUGUAAAGCUGGCUCUGGUGGACGGCAAAAACUGGAGUCGAGCCCUUGAGACCGACAAUAUGCUUAUAGACCAUACGCUAAAGCCUCAGAUAUCCGAUGAAGAUUUUGAGGUGUCCUCCAAUGGGCCAUCGAGCUGCUCGCAUAUCCUCCACACGUCAGGUACGACAGGAGACCCCAAAGCUGCCCAGAUUCUAGCCGGUGGAAUCAUCAACUUGGCAUUCAGCUCAACAGCACCGUUCCAAGACGGCCAGCGCCUUGCUCACAUUGGCAAUACUGUUUUCGACGUCACCCUGUUCGAAAUCUGGGUGUGCUUGUUGAGAGGUGGGACCUUGGUGGUCUAUCCACAUGAGACAGUCAUAGACCCCGUUCUAUUCUCACGGUGUCUCCAGAUGGACCGAAUUGAGGCCGUUUUUGUCACAACCGCGUUACUAAACACGAUUGUCAGCACCUGUCCGGGAUCAUUUUCUACUAUCCACACCCUGGCGACAGGAGGCGAACCGAUCAACGUCCCGGUGAUCCGAAAGAUAUUUGACAACGGGCCCCCGAAGAGAGUAGUCCACAUAUAUGGGCCGACAGAAUGCACUGUGUUUCUCAUCUCGCACGACAUCACUGUAGCCGAUAUUCACAGUGGUCAAAUUCCCCUCGGAAGGCCAGUUGACAAUUGCCAGGUUUUCAUUGUCGACGAAAAUCUCAGUCCAGUUCCAAUGGGCAGCGAGGGUGAGCUGGUAGUAGCCGGUGCAGCAGUGAGCGCAGGGUAUUGUAGGAAUCCCCUAGCCAACGCCAAUUCGUUUAUAAAUCCUCCACAUCUUCCACUGAAAGGGCUCGCGAUGGGAUUCCCGCGUCAUGCUUACAGGACAGGUGAUAUCGUGCGCAUGGACGAGUCUGGUUUAUGCUAUUUUGUCGGCCGCCGGGAUAGACAAGUCAAGAUACGGGGCCACCGCAUUGAGCUAGAGGGUCUCGAGAAUAUCAUCUUAAGAACCAAUCUCGCGUCCGCAGCAGCGGUUGUCAAGAUUGAGCCAAAGGAUACCAACACAGAGCCGAUACUGGUUGCCUAUGUUGUACCGGAGUGCAUUCACGUCGACCGGGAGGCCGUAUCACGGGCAUUCAUCAACCACGCUCCCCAUCUUCUCGUGCCUCGCAUUGAGUUCAUCGCAAAGUUUCCUUUAGGAACGACAGGGAAGUGCGAUCGAAAGAAGCUUGAGCAGCUGUAUAUGGAGAAGAUGAGGGUCGCGCGUGAGAGUCAACUGCACUUGAAUGGAAACGCUGACUCCGUGGAAACGUGUUUGGAGCAGCUCUGGCUCGAGAUACUGGGGUAUCCGUUAAACCGUCUGAGUUCUUCCGAUGAUUUCUUCUAUCUGGGCGGGACCUCACUGCAAGUCGCAUAUCUGAUCGGCCGAAUUCGAUCAUUGCUAGGAAUUGAGCUGCGGUCCGCAGCUUUAUAUGACAAUUCUACGCUAGGCCAGCUCGCGCAGCUGGUGCAAAAGCUGAAGAAUGGAGCAGCUUUGCCGAAUGCAGUGGAGGAUCAAAGUGUCCUAACUCAGGAUUCGUUGCUGGGUCAAGAUCUUCAGGUCAGUCCCGAUCCAGCCAUCGACUGGCUCGAUGCUUCAGAAGGCCGAGUAUUCCUCACCGGAGCCACUGGAUUUGUUGGCGCCUUUCUUCUCGCAGCACUGCUCUCUAUGCCACAAGUCGCCAAAGUUGCAUGUCUUGUUCGCGCCCGGGACACAUCCGCAGCUGAUCUACGCAUCAAGAAAACAUUAGAGAAAUACAAACUGCGUGGUUCCCAGGAAGGCAAGAUCAUUGCGAUCACCGGCGAUCUGUCACUCCCGCACCUCGGCCUUCUGCAAGAACAGUACGAUCACUAUGCAACCUGGGCGAAUGUGGUCUUCCAUUUGGGGGCACUAGUCAGUUACGUGCAGCCGUACUCCCGUCAUCGAGCAGCCAAUGUCUUGGGGACCCUAGAGCUACUAAGAUUUGCCAAUCACUCCCGGCCAAAACGACUGAUUUACUCCUCAAGCAUCGCCGCGUAUGGCCCAACGGGAUUUGUCCAAGGAACCAAGACUGUCCCAGAGAAUGAGAAGCCACUAGGCCACAUCAAGGCCUUACAGUAUGACACGGGAUAUUCUCAAAGCCAAUUCGUGGCGGAAAACGUAGUCUGGAAUGCCAUUCGUAAUGGUUCGCCAGUGAUUAUCAUCCGUCUCGGAUAUGUUCUGGGCCACAGUCAGACGGGAAGAGGAAACCCAAGUGACUUCGUCGGCUGUCUCAUGUCGUCCUGUAUUCAGCUGGGCCAUUACCCAAUUGUAUCGGGGCAACGCAAAGCCUUUGCGUCGGUGAAUCGCGUGGUGGAUGCGAUGCUGCGAAUCGCUGCCUUCGAAGAGAACGUAGGACAAGCUUAUAAUUUGAUCCAACCGGAACCCAUAGAUCUUCAGAAAGCUUUUGACCUAAUAAGCGGGCAAUGCUCUCGCCCACUGCAAGGCGUCUCAUUUUCCCGCUGGCUGGAAAUGUUUGCUGACGACGCGACGAACCCGCUGCAUCCCUUCCUUCCGCUAUUCCAGGAGGAGAUAUGGGGAACCCACACCCGUUGGGGGGUCCAGGAGAAUGCGCCUCGUUUUGAGAUUGAUAACACUCUCCGGGCUCUUCAUGAUAGCCCGGACCUGCUUGCGUGGAUGCCGGCGCUGGAUUUGCUUCGAAAGUACAUUCCCGAGUGGUCUGCGGCUUCAAGCAAUCUUUGA